GAUUUAUUUAUUUUUUAGCCUUUUACAAAAUUAUUAAGGUUCACCAUAGUAUCAUUUAUUCUGAAAUCAAGGUUCACCAUAGUAUUAUUUAUUACUGAGUUUGAUACAUAAUUAUUGUUGUUCCUGGCAUUAUAUAUAUAUAUAUAUAUAUAUUGUCUGAGUAGUAGUAGUUUCGGUUAUUUGUUAUAUCAUAGAGGAUGUGGAAGUUGAAGAUAGCCGAAGGAGGGCCAGGGCUGGUCACCGGAAACAAUUUCAUCGGCCGGCAACACUGGGAAUUCGACCCUAAUGCCGGCACUCCCGACGAACGUGCUCAAGUUGAGAAGGCCCGCCACGAGUUCAAGAAAAAUCGGUUUCGGCUGAAACAGAGCGCUGAUCUUUUGAUGAGGAUGCAGCUUAGGAAGGAGAACCCAUGUCCACCAAUUCCAGCGCCCGUGGAAGUAAAAGAAACAGAGGUGAUAACAGAGGAAGCAGUGGUUACUACAAUGAGAAGAGCACUGAGCUUUUAUUCCUCCAUUCAAGCCCAUGAUGGCCACUGGCCUACUGAAUCUGCUGGCCCCUUGUUUUUCCUGCAACCCUUUGUAAUGGCAUUAUACAUCACUGGAGGCCUCAAUGCUAUAUUUUCACCAGCACACCAGAAGGAAAUUAUUCGAUACUUAUAUAAUCAUCAGAACGAAGAUGGAGGUUGGGGCUUCCAUAUAGAGGGUCACAGCACAAUGUUUGGGUCAGCAUUGAGCUACAUUGCCUUGAGAAUACUUGGAGAGGGACCUGAAGAUGGUGAAGAUGGGGCAAUGGCUAGAGGCCGGAAAUGGAUCCUUGACCAUGGUGGUUUAGUGGCUAUUCCUUCAUGGGGAAAGUUUUGGGUCACGGUAUUGGGAGUGUAUGAGUGGUCAGGCUGCAAUCCACUACCCCCAGAGUUCUGGCUUCUUCCUAAAAUCUUCCCCAUGCAUCCAGGCAAAAUGUUAUGCUAUUGUCGCUUGGUUUACAUGCCAAUGUCUUAUUUAUAUGGGAAGAGGUUUGUUGGUCCAAUCACUGGAUUGAUUCAAUCACUAAGACAAGAGUUAUAUAAUGAGGCUUACCAUCAAAUUAACUGGAAUAAAGCCCGGAAUACAAUUGCAAAGGAGGAUCUCUACUAUACGCAUCCCCUCAUACAAGAUAUUCUAUGGGGAUUUCUUCACCAUGUAGUCGAGCCUAUCCUGAGCUAUUGGCCAUUUUCAAUGAUGAGAGAGAAAGCACUCAAAGCUGCAAUUGGUCAUGUGCAUUAUGAGGAUGAGAACAGCAGAUACCUUUGCAUUGGAAGCGUUGAAAAGGUACUAUGUUUGAUUGCCUGUUGGGCUGAAGAUCCAAAUGGGGAGGCAUACAAGCUUCAUCUAGGCAGGAUUCCAGACAACUAUUGGGUUGCUGAAGAUGGCUUAAAAAUUCAGAGUUUCGGCUCUCAGAUGUGGGAUGCGGGUUUUGCUAUUCAAGCAAUUCUCUCUUGUAAUCUAAACGAAGAGUAUUGGUCAACCCUUCGUAAAGCACAUGAAUUUGUAAAGGCUUCACAGGUCCUAGAAAACGCUUCUGGGGACUUCAAAGCUAUGUAUCGCCACAUAAGCAAAGGAGCAUGGACAUUUUCCAUGCAGGACCAUGGCUGGCAAGUCUCUGACUGCACUGCUGAAGGGCUGAAGGUUGCAAUCUUGUUCUCACAAAUGCCUCCGGACCUUGUUGGGGAAAAAAUGGAGAUACAGCACCAUUCUUUCUCUACAAGUCAAGUCAUUCUCUCACUUCAGAGUAAUAAUGGUGGCUUCCCAGCAUGGGAGACUCAAAGAGCAUAUGCUUGGUUGGAGAAGUUCAACCCCACAGAGUUCUUUGAAGAUACCCUUAUUGAGAGAGAGUACGUAGAGUGCACUUCAUCUGCAGUUCAAGCUCUGGUACUCUUUAGGAAGCUCUAUCCCAAGCACCGGAGGACAGAGAUAGACAGUAGCAUUUCCAGGGGAAUUCAAUACAUUGAAGACGUCCAAGAACUUGAUGGAUCAUGGUAUGGUUAUUGGGGGAUUUGCUACACCUAUGGUACAUGGUUUGCUGUAGGGGCACUGGCAGCCUGUGGAAGAAGCUACAAAAAUUGUCCUGCAUUGCGCAAAGCUUGUGAAUUUUUGCUAUCAAAACAGCUACCUAAUGGUGGUUGGGGAGAAAGUUACCUAUCAAGCCAAAACAAGGUUUGGACGAAUAUAGAAGGCAAUCGUGCAAAUUUAGUCCAAACCGCGUGGGCCUUGUUGUCCCUCAUUGAGGCUGGGCAGGCCCAGAUAGACCCAACACCAAUUCAUCGUGGAGUAAGAGUAUUAAUCAAUUCACAGAUGGAAGAUGGUGACUUCCCUCAACAGGAAAUCACUGGAGUAUUUAUGAGAAACUGCAUACUAAACUACUCAUCAUAUAGAAACAUUUUCCCGAUAUGGGCUCUUGGAGAAUAUCGGAGGCGAGUUCUAUUUGCAUGAUAGCCUGAAUGCGUAAGCAAAUGAUUGCAUGUUGAACUUCAUGAGCCCAAUUUAGCUUGAAAGAGAAUGGUCUCUCCAAUAAUACAUAUGUAUAACUUUCAUGCAAGUUACCAAAUAAAUGCAGAAAAUUCUCUACUUCUUGAAAGAUGUAAAUUAUGUCAUAAUUAGUUUGACGUGAGACAAACAGCAACUCAAUCAUGUAAUGCAAUAUAAUAUAUAUUAAUAUAUGUGAGUGUUAAAUGUGCAAUAUCAUUCAAU